GAAAAACGCAAAAACAGAGAGUCAUGCGGACAAAGUGUUCCAAAAAGUACAACACAUUUGUUUAUGGUUUAAAGUCCCCACUUUAUAUGCUUAAUGCUUAUUUCUUACAUGGGAACUUGAAGACAAGACCUUUGGAGCGAUGACGUAAGAUGAUCAAGUUUUGUAAAUCUUAUUGAAAAUAUAUUUUGUUCCAAAUAUGAAUCAAAGGUGCUCGUGAAAUAAGAACUCUUUGGUAAUUGGCUAGUUUCUGCUCGUUCUUCCGUUGCUGCGUCAGUGUCAGCCGCAAACCCUUCAAGAGACCAGAAAAGACGAAUGCGCUCCGUCAUGCAUAUGUCGUCAAGCUGUGUCAAGCAUUGCUGCACGCGGGUUGCGGGGCGCAUCAACUUACGAAUCAGCAUUUAGAGAGCAGCCAUGGUGUGCGUUAUCGAACUGCUGGGCUAUGCUGCCGCCCUCUUCUUGGUGUCCAAGAUAGCCCUCGCGGUGUAUAGAUUCGUCUACAUCUUUUUCCUGGGAGAUAUGCUGGGCCACACGCCAAACUACAAGAAGCUUGGCGAAUGGGCAGUUAUCACUGGUGCCACCGAUGGAAUCGGCAAGGCCUACGCGAUGGAGUUCGCCCGGCGCGGCCUGAACGUCCUGCUCAUCAGCCGCACGCAGUCCAAGCUCGACCAGGUCGCCAAGGAGAUUGAAACCAAACACGGUGUGAAGACGAAGACGGUGGCGAUGGACUUCACCCAGGGUCUGUCGGCGUAUGGCCCGGUCAAACAAGGUCUGGAGGGUCUGGACAUCGCCGUGCUGGUCAACAACGUGGGCAUGAACUACGACCACCCGGAGUACUUCACCGAAAUUCCCGACGACAAGUUCACCGAGAACAUCCUCAACUGUAACGCGCUCUCGGUGACGGCCAUGACGCGGUUCGUGCUGCCGCACAUGCUGGAAAAGAAGAAGGGCGUCAUCAUCAACCUGUCGUCGUUCUCUGCCGUGAUGCCGACCGCGCUCCUCACUCAGUACUCGGCCACCAAGGCGUACGUGGCCCAGCUGAGCUCCGGCCUGGCCACCGAGGUGCGCGCCCGCGGCGUCAUCGUGCAGAGCACCACGCCGGCCUUCGUGUGCUCCAACAUGUCCAAGUACACGUCUCCACGCCUGUUCGUGCCGUCGGCCGAGCAGUUUGUCCGCGCUCAGCUGCGCACGGUCGGCCUGGAGACGGAGACGUUCGGCUGCCCAUCGCACAAGAUCCAGGGCAUGGCGGCUGGCUUCGGCAACCGUAACCUGCCCGAAUCUGUCAUGGUCAACUACUAUUACGAGCGGAUGCUGGGGGUGCGCAGCCGCGCCCUCCGCCGCAAGGCGCAGAAGAAGGACUAACGCCGACGCUCACUAGGUGGCAGUGGCAUCGCUCGACUCGAGGUCCGUCCCGACUCGCCGAGACAGGGUGCGAUCUCGGGCGACUCGAGAGCUGCAGCAGCGGCUGGAUUUCGGCGGUAGACGGGGGGGUGGGCGCAGCCUUGUUGUCUUUCGUCUCGUCUCACCCUCAGCGUUGCAACGAACAUGGCUUCACGGUAGCGUAAUCUCGACACGAUCGUUUUUAUUUCCAUCACGUUGCUCAAGGUUUGGUUCGUGCGUGAGUGGUCAGUUGUUAAAUUUGAGGUCAGUGCUGAACGCUAUUUUCAAUCGUGUCUGAUACUUUUUGUUUGUGUACGUGUCGCUGGCUUGUUGGCUUUUCGAGUGGAUUGUUCUGUUGAAUGCGUUGGGAAAAUGGCACAUCCGCUGCACUGGUUAGUUGAGCACUGUAUGCCUGCGCGGCUGAACAUUCCUGUGUUUGUGCCAGCCCUGUUUGGCUUUGCGCUGGUACCGGUCGUAAACUGUAGGGGGCGAGGCGAGGGUCGGGGCGUCCCGGCACCGGACGGUGGCGGGGUCACUGGUGGAAGAGGCGUCCUUAGGAACCUCUGGGGAUCGCGGCCUCUGCCGUUUUGGGCAUCUGUAAGCGCAUUCAAUACAGUACAACAGCGCA